AUGGCGGCCACGGUGACGGUGGAGCCCAACCGCGGCCGCUGGGACGAGCCCGUGCGCAUCGUCCCCGCGCUGGGCGGCAGUUUCGCGGGGCUCGAGCCCAUGGGGCUCUUCUGGGCCCUGGAGCCCGAGAAGCCCUUUCUGCGACUAGCGAAGCGAGACGUGCAGACGCCCUUCGCCGUGGAGCUGGAGGUGCUCGACGGCCACGAGCUCGAAACCGGGAGGAUCCUGGGCCGGGCAGUGCACGAGCGCGACUUCCUGGGGCCCGGGGUGCGGCGGGAGCCAGUGCGCACAGGCCGGGUUCGCGCCACGCUCUUCUUGCCGCCAGGUGCAGGGCCUUUCCCUGGGAUCAUCGAUCUGUUUGGAAGUGGUGGUGGCCUCUGUGAAUACAGAGCGAGUCUCCUGGCUGGACAUGGUUUUGCUGUGCUUGCUCUGGCUUAUUUCAGAUUUGAAGACCUCCCUGAGUAUCUGAAUAACAUGCACUUGGAGUACUUUGAAGAAGCUGUGAACUUUAUGCUGCAGCAUCCAAAGGUGAAAGGCCCUAGUGUUGGGCUUCUUGGAUUCUCCAAAGGAGGUGACCUCUGUCUCUCAAUGGCCUCUUUCUUGAAGGGCAUCACAGCCACUGUACUUGUCAAUGCCUGCGUGGCCAACACCAUUGCUCCUCUGCAUUACAAGGAUAUGAUUAUUCCUGAUCUUGGCAGUGACUCAAGGAAAUAUUCAAUCACUGAGUCAGGCCUUUUGGAUUUAAUGGACAUUUGGAACAACCCACUGGAGGAACCCUACCACCAAAGUCUUAUUCCAUUAGAAAAGGCUCAGGGGCCCUUACUAUUUAUUGUUGGCAUGGAUGAUCAUAACUGGAAGAGUGAAUUCUAUGCUCAUUUAGCCUCUGAACGGUUACAAGCCCAUGGGAAAGACAGACCUCAGAUAAUCUACUACCCAGGAACUGGUCAUUGUAUUGACCCACCUCAUUUUCCUCCUUGUAGAGCCUCUGUGCAUGCAGUAUUGGGUGUACCAGUAUUCUAUGGAGGUGAGCCAAAGGCUCACUCAAGGGCACAGGUAGAUGCCUGGCAGCAAAUUCAAACGUUCUUCCAUAAACAUCUCAAUGGUAAAAAAUCUGUCAAGCUCAGUAAAAUGUAACAUGACCAUAGAUGAGAUACUAUUAAUAAAAAUUCUAUUCAUA